AUGGCCAAGAGUAUCCUCUACUCCUCAGUAAGCGCUGAGUAUGCAUGUUGGGUCUGUCGACAUGACAUUCCUACACUAGCCACGCUUGAUCACAAUCCUGCCAGUCGACAGACCCGAAGAAUCUAUCUCUGCCUCUCGUAUAGCUUCCCAAACAAGAAAAUGCUGCGAAUUCAGAGUCGUCCUGGGACUAGGGUUGGGAUUUCUACGGCCAUGAACUUCUCGAGAAGAGGACGAAGCCAUGACUGCGCCGCAGCAAGCACCAACUUGUAUGACAAGGUCUUUGCAGUUGUCAAGGAUGAGAGAGACGUAGGCAGCAAGACGAAACUGUAUAUAAAGGAGGCUCAAGACGUCUCAAGGUGGUUCGAAUUGAUCAGCACCCAGCAGCUUGCCCUUCAAGAACUCUCAACUUCAACCCACCGACCAUCACAUCCUCUCUUGUUCAUCAUGGCUACCGCUUUCGGAGUCUUCUCGGGAAUCCUCACCGUCCUGGGGUUCAUCCAAUCCAACAUCCCGGACAGGCCCAACCAGUAUGAGACCAAGUUCCGCAUCCACGUCGGUCUUGAUGGUCCGAGCGGCCUCUCGAACGCCGGUGGUGAUGCGCCCGAUAUCCGUGUCUGGAAUGAGGCCGGCCAGUUCAUCGGUGCCAAGUAUGACCCUGGCAAGAUCAACCACGGCUCCUUCAAGGACGUGACGGUCCAGCUGUCCCAGCCCCAUCAGCCCACGUACGCCCUGUUCACGGGCAACGACGAUGCGAUCUGCAUCGCGUACAUCACCAACAGCUGGGCCGACGGGUCCAAGUACGGCUGGGUUGGUAACUGGGCGGACAGCUCGUCCUGCAACCAGGACUGGUAA